GUCUAUAUUUGUGGCAAUAAUUUUCAGUUUAGUUUCUUUUGAAUGUGUCUUAAGUUUCAAAUAUUAUUACAUCACAAACGAUGGUAUUAUUCAUUCAGAUGUCACUUAUAAUGAGACAAUGGAUUUGCCCAAAGAAACGGUGGCUUUACUUAUAUAUGAAAAUAAUGUCAACAAAACCGGUUGGGCGAAUUUAGAGUUAAGAACUUAUGAGGGCUUCUCGGAUGAGAUUCAGUCAUAUAUGGCUGGAGUUAUCGAGGGAUACAUUACUGGAGAACUAAUUCAUAUGAAUUAUCGCAAUCGGAUUGAAGGCUAUUGUGAUGAAAGGAAAAGAUUUUGUGAAUUACUUAAAGAAUUUACUGAAAAUAACACAAAAUUUGUGGAAACAAUGAUUGAAAAGAAUAAGAAUAAUGAUUAUUGGCAUCAAUUGGAUCUCAUAUACAAACAGAUCAAUGGAUUAGAAGAAGGAUACAAAGUAUGGAAAGUCGAGAAUAACAUCAAAAAUCCAACUGAAAGACAAUAUUUAAGUGAAAUUUUUUGGAUAAACGUUGACUCGGAAUUGUCUAAUUUGAGGACAAUAUUAACCCCGAACUCAACGGUUCGUUAUCGAGGCCACUGUUCAGCAAUUGUCAAACCCCUGGCCGAUGGGAGUGACCUAUUUGUUGCUCACAAUACUUGGAGUGGAUUUGAAACAAUGCUAAGAAUUAUGAAGAAAUAUAGCUUUGCUUUCAAUACAUUGCAAUCAAAUCAUACGAAACGAAUUGCUGGACAUUCCGCGGCUUUCUCUUCAUGUGCGGGUCGUAUAUUCUCUGGCGAUGACUACUAUGUCUUAUCCUCUGGUCUUGUGGUUCAAGAAACUACAAUUUCAAACCGAAACCUUUCCCUUUAUAAAGAUAUAAAAGCUGAUAAAAUAGUCUUUGAGUUCAUUCGCAAUGUUGUGUCCAAUCGUUUGGCCGAAUCGGGCAAAGAGUGGACACAACUGUUUGGUCCGUAUAAUAGCGGGACUUAUAAUAACCAGUUUAUGAUCGUUGACUACAAGCUCUUCAAAAAGGGGACAAAAGUGUCUGAAUUGGCCGACAAUUUACUUUGGAUUGUGGAACAGUUGCCGGAUUUCAUACACUCGGCUGAUGUGACUCCUGUAUUAAGAUCACAGGGCUAUUGGGCCUCUUAUAAUGUGCCAUAUUUUCAGGAUAUCUAUCAAAUUAGUGGUAACGAAGACUUAUCCCGCAAAUUGGGACCCUAUUAUAGCUAUAAUCUGACGGCUCGGGCGCUGAUCUUCAAGAGGGAAGAAUCAAAAGUAAUUGAUUUGAAGACAUUGUAUUCACUGAUGCGUUACAAUGACUUCAAAAAGGAUCCGUUGUCUGAAUGUAAA